GAGCGUUAGGACGCAUGCGCCGUAGUCUGCGUGUGAGCGCUAGCUGUAAAGUGUAAAAUACGUGGCAGAAACAAGACUGCGAGAUGGAAGUGGCUGCACUGGUUGCCUUGACCUUAUUACUGGGCGCACUGGUCAUCCUGGUGGCAUUAGCAGUGGGCAGGAGGAAGCAGGAGAUCAGAGAGGAGAGCGAGCAGGCGGAGAGUGCAGCUGAGGCCAGCGUUGGGAAGGGCUCUGCAGCCAAGAAGCCGAAGCCGGAGAAGCAGCGCAGCCGUAAAGAUAAACCAAAGCAGCACAGCUUCAGCCAUCCGCUGCUGGUAGCUUCACUGAAGGGCCACAGUGGGAAUAUCACAUGCCUGGAUUUCAGCAGUAACGGGAAAUACCUUGCGUCCUGUGCCGACGACCGCACGGUCCGGAUAUGGAGUACUAAAGACUUCCUGGAGCGGGAACACAAGUGCCUGCGAGCCAACGUAGAGCUGGAUCACGCCACGCUGGUCCGCUUCAGUCCAGACUCAAGGGCGUUCAUCACCUGGCUCUCCAACGGAGAUGCUAUUCGCAUUUUCAAGAUGAGCAAGAAGGAUGAUGGGACUCUGAGCUUCAAGGCUGCUCCUGAGGACUUCCCACAGAAACACAAGGCUCCCAUACUCAACAUCGGCAUCGCAGAGACUGGGAAGUUCAUCAUGAGUGCCUCCGUAGACACCAACAUCCUCAUCUGGGACCUGAAGGGAGAGCUGCUGGCCUCCAUCAACACUAACCAGAUGACCAAUUCUUAUGCUGCCGUUUCCCCGUGUGGCAGGUUUGUGGCGUCCUGCGGCUUCACUCCUGACGUGAAGGUGUGGGAGGUUUGCUUCGGGAAGGGAGGAGACUUCAAAGAGGUGGCACGAGCGUUUGACUUGAAGGGCCACUCCGCAGGAGUUCACGCGUUCGCAUUCUCCAAUGACUCUCACAGAAUGGUGACCGUCUCCAAGGACGGCACGUGGAAGCUGUGGAACACGAAUGUGGAGUACAAAAAGCAGCAGGACCCUUACCUCCUGAAAACGGUUCCCUGCAGCUCGUCAGAAGGCAGCCUGGCGGCGCUGUCUCCGGACGGACGCGUGGUGGCCAUCAGCGACGGCUGUAACGUGGCAAUGUACGACGCCACCAGCGGGAAGCUGGAGGAGGAGCUGCACGGCGUGCACAGCGAAGAGAUAACCGACCUUAGAUUCGACGUUAACAACCGCUUCCUGGUGUGCAGCGGCGACAAGGCUAUCCGAGUGUUUCACAAUGCACCGGGAUACCGGGCAGCCAUCAAAGACAUGCAGGACAUGCUGAAAAAGGCCCAGAAUGAGGCCAUGAAGCAGAGACUGCAGCAGCAGAUCAAAGAGGCCCAGAGCACCCUGGACACUGUGCUUGCUACUCCCAUCAACUGAACCCACUCACACGGAAACCCCUCUGACUGUGAUGACGUCUUAACUCGAGCUGCUUGUGGUUUUGUUUUUUUGUUGGUGGUUUUUUCCCCUUUUUUUCCAGUGUCAGCAUGCAGCAAAAUCAUCUGAUAGAGGAAUUUGCAUGCAGUUUUAAUAAAGAACAUCUUUUUAU